AUGCUUGAUGAACCAGUCAAUGAAAUUGUAAUUAUUUCGAGUGAAUCUCCAUAUUCAUCAUCAAAUAUUCUUGAUAAUCAUGAUAUGUCUUCUUCGAUUCAACCAGAAAAUUCUAACAAAUCGCAGUUAAACAAAAAAUCAAGUAAUGUUGUUCGUCGUAAAUAUCUUUCUGUUUGGGAAAAGCAACCAGAUGCUAUGACAAUGCAAUGCGAUGUUCUCUAUGUGAAAAACAUGGUAAAAGAAGAAAUACAAAUGUGUACUGUAGGAAAUCAAAUAUUUCAAAUUUAUAAAAUAAAAGAACACAAGCAUAAAAGUGAGGUUCACCGUCAUGCUGAAGAAACCGAAUUAAAAAUUUCAACUCGAACGCAACCAACAUGGAUUGAAACACGAGCAAAACAGAUCUCAAAACAAGAGCAAGCAGUUCAAAAUUUAACUCUUGCUUCAAUUUAUAUUUGUCGUGAAUAUCAAUCAUUAAAUAGUUUAGAACAAUUGUGCAUAUUACUUGAAAAACUAGGCGUUCAAUUAUUACCAUCUCAAAUAUCUGGAGUAAAUUACGGAAAUAACGAUGCAGCUUUAUCUUUUCUUCAACAUGUUGCAUAUGAUGUGCACGAGGAACUGAUCGAAAAAGUAAAAAAUAGUCCCGCAAUCGCAUGGAUGAUGGAUGAAUCGACAUCACGAACGGUGGAAAAAAGUUGCAUCGUCUAUGUUCGGUACCUCGAAAAUUAUCAUCCAAAAACAUCAUAUUAUGCUUUGCUGGAUAUGGAAGGUGAUGGAACGGCAAGAAACAUAGUUGAAACAAUUAGUGAUGUAUGGAGAAAAGAUGAUUUAAAUCCGGUGAAUUCAUAUUCUGAUAAUUUUUUACUCAUUGCACGAAUCAACGAAGGUGUAGUAGCAAAACUACGACGCCAUUUCCAAAUAGAUUGGCUUGAAACUAAUACCUGUGCUGCACAUUCAUUUUGUUUGGUUGGUAAUCGAGCAUCGUGGACAACUGAUCCUAAAAGUGGUAAACUAGUUAUUAUUGAAGUUGUUUCAAAAUUAGAAACAACUAUUGGAAAAAUUUAUAAUUAUUUUGGAAGAAGUUCAACUCGUCAACAAAUGUUAAAAGAAUGGCAGAAUUUUUUAGAUAUGCCUGAAUUGAAAUUUAAACGUAUUUAUGAUAUUCGUUGGGCUUCUAUUAGAGGUUGUAUUAAACCGAUUAUCCAAAAUGUGCAGCCAGGUAAUCAAGCACUACUAGCAGCCCUCCAACAGAAUGCAUCUGAUCCAGUUUCCUCAAGUGGUGAUCGUGGUUCAGCAAAAGAAUUAUUUCAUCUUAUGAAAGAAAUCAAAGAAAAAAAGAAUUUAAUAUCACAAUGGACAUCUCAAUCAACACCAACAUGGGGAUCAGCAUUGGCUGAUUUUAUUAAAACAACAGAAAAAAGAAAAUAUGGUGCAUUUAAAAUUGAUUUAUCCGAUCGACAACAAUUGGCUAAAGAAUGCUCUGCACAUAUAGAACGUUUGCUGAUAGAAUUAGAUAAACGAUUUGCUCCAUCACGUUUACUAGAAAGUAUGACCAUGCUAUUCGAUCCAAUAUACUUGAUUGAGCACAAGAAAGAUGUUGAUUCUCCAGAUUAUGGACGACCAGAAUUAGAUUUUAUUCGAAAUAAGUAUAAAGAUUUUCCUGGACUUGAUACAGAUGCUGUUCGAAGUGAAUGGGAAAUAUUGAAACCAUCAUUGAGUGAAUUUUUGGAUAGACCCUCAUCAAUUGAUUUAAAGGAAACAUUUUGGCAACAAUUUUUAUUAUUAAAACAAGCAACAAAUAGCCGAUUCCUCGAGGAGAACAAGAAUUUGCUUGCUUUAUUGAGUAUUUAUUUGAUUAUGCCAACGAAUUCGGUUGAGUGUGAAAGAGGCUUUUCGGCGGUCAAUCGUAUCCAAACGACUGGUCGUUCACGAAUAUUAAUUUCGACUUUGGAUGUACUAAUGAACGUGUGUUUAUUAUUACCUGAUGAUCUGAGAAGUCCACGAUGCCAAAAGGUUAUUGAGAGAGCAUUCGAAUCGUGGAAUGAUAAUGAAUAUCAUCGUCGUUUUCGUCAAAUUAAGCUAGUACUUGAUGUACCACCUGAUUAUGAACCAGUGAAAGCAAGCCGAUCGACUGAUUCUAAGAGAAAACGAUCGUCAAUGCCAUCCCUACCAAUUAACAAAAAACCAAAGAAUCCAAAGUCGAAGGCAAUUAAGUGUAAGUUUUUCAGUUAUUGUUGAGUUAUCAAAAUCUCUUUUUCAUUAUUCUAGGCGCAAAUAGAUGUAAAAAUGAAAUUUCAGCAGAUGAUCCCGCACAAAAUGAAGCAAUCCAAUGCUGUUAUCAAAACGACGAAUUUGACUGGGUGGAUUCAUUUGAGAACUGUUCCCGGUGGCUGUGCAAUAGUUGUCGCAUUAAACUUGGUAUAUCAAUUGAUCUUAUGUGGUUUUGCAAUGACCAUAAGGACAUGCAUACUGAAGAAGAAUAUGAAAGUGAAGAUGUUAAUGACUGAGUAAAUAUAAAAUUGUUUUUUUUUGUUAUUGUAUAGUAAAAUAAUGUUUUUUUUUCGUUUGAUUGCUUUUUCAUUCUUUUUAUAACUCAUGUAUGAAAUAGUGGAUAAUUUAUUUGUUUAUCUGACGUGAUUAUAUAGUAUUUUUUGUAUGUAUUUGAUUCGAAUCCAAUAUUAAUAAAAACAUAUGAAAUAUUUCUCUUUUUUAAUCUAAUUCUAAUGAUCCACAUCUUGGACACUCUGUGACACUUUGUCUAAAAAAACAGUGUCGUUUUACACUUUGAUGGCAAAAAUAAAAUGUCAUUUGAAUUUUUGUUUUAGAUUUCUAUUAGAAACACUGCUUGGCUCUGGAUAAAACGUAUUAUUUAAAUAUUUCACAUUAUGAAGAAUAUUUUCAAUGAGCGAAUUUUAUAAAUUUCAUCUUCAAUCAGAGCAUAUUAAAACUUAUAAAAAAAAUUUAAAAAUUCCGUAACUUAUUUUUCUUUUUAAAUAUCAGCCAAAAUUGCAAACUAGGUAUAUUUAAUUUUUAAAAAAAAUUUUUGAUAAUGUAUUAUGUUAGAGAGUUUGCUAUUUUGGUUGACAUUUGAAAAGAAAAAUAAAUUACAGAAUUUUUUAAAAAUUUUUUAUAAAUUUUAUUUGCUCAGACUGAAGAUGAAAUUUAUAAAAUUUGCUCAUUGAAAAAUAUUCUUCAUG